AUGUACCUGGAACUCACAAACCAGACCACCCAACCUGCCACCUAUGAAUUCGUCUUCCAGGCUUUCUCCACCAUUCCUGAGAUGCAGCAUCUCCUGUUCCUAUUCUUCCUUCUGCUCUAUCUCACAAUCCUCUUUGGAAAUGUCACCAUCAUUUGGGUUGUCUGCACUGACCACACACUGCACAUCCCCAUGUACUUCUUCCUGGGCAACCUCUCUUUUCUCGAGAUUUGCUACACCACAGUAGUAGUACCUCAGAUGCUGGCCAGCACUUUAGAUAUUCAUAGAACGAUUCCCUUGGCAAACUGUGGGACUCAGAUGUUCUUCUUUGUGGCGCUAGGCAGCACUGACUGUUUCCUAUUGGCUGUCAUGGCUUAUGACCGUUAUGUAGCCAUCUGUCACCCCCUUCGCUACACCCUCAUCAUGACUUGGCAGGGCUGCAUGCGGCUGGUUGUUGGUUCCCUGCUUCUUGGCCUUGUGCUGUCACUGGAGCUGACGGUGCCGAUCUUCACCUUGCCUUUCUGUGGUCACCAGCCCCAGAUCAACCAUUUCCUUUGCGACGUGCCCCCUGUGUUGCGUCUGGCUUGUGCUGACACCCAUCUCCACCAGACGGUGCUUUUCAGCGUCGGGGUCAUGGUCCUGACCAUUCCCUUCCUUCUGAUAUGCACCUCCUACGUCUACAUUGUGGCCGCCAUCCUGCGGAUCCGCUCCACGUCUGGGCGCCACCAGGCCUUCUCCACCUGCUCCUCCCACUUGACGAUUGUGACCCUACAGUACGGCUGCUGCAGUCUUGUCUACCUGCGGCCCAAGUCAAGUUCUUCAGAGGACGAGGACCGGCAAAUCGCUCUUAUAUACGCCUUUGUCACUCCACUGCUGAAUCCGCUCAUCUACAGCCUGCGGAACAAGGAUGUCAAGCAGGCCCUCAAGAAGGCCUUGAGGAGGACGGCUGAACCUCAGGCCUCCUUUCCAAAUUAA